AUGGAGGAUGAUCUUGAUUUAGAUCUUUGGAAUUUAUGUGCAGAAGCGGGAGCAUUUUUCGAGAUUCUAGAACUUCUGGACUCAAAUGACAGUAAAAUUGGUGCAGUGGCAGAGAAAAUUGACAAUAUACGGAAUACUGCCCUCUCUUCUGUACGAUUUUCUGGUCGGUCAAAAAUAGUCGAUCGCUUGAUCAAAGAUUACAAAAAUUGCAAAAAUCAUUAUGAAACAGGAUUGAAGAUUCAACAAACGUUGGAAAAAGUAUAUGAUUCUUCGACGAACAAGGUUAGGAGGCUGAUGAGAUUGGGCUCAAUUCACUGUGAUGUAAAGAUGAUAAAGGCAAUAGGAUUCAUUCUUGAAACCCUGGAAGAUGAUCUUGAUUUAAAUAUUUGGAAUUUAUGUGUAGAAGCGGAAGCAUUUUUCAAGAUAUUAGAACUUCUAGACUCAAAUGGAAGUAACAUUGGUGCAGUGGCAAGGAAAAUUGACGAUAUACGAAAUACUGCCCUCCCUUCUGUACGAUUUUCUGGUCGGUCAAAAAGAGUCAAUUGCUUGAUCAAAGAUUACAAAAAUUACAAAGAUCAUUUUGAAACAGGAUUGAAGAUUCAACAAACGUUGGACGAAGUGUAUGAUUCUUUGACGAACAAGGUUAAGAGGCUGAUGAGAUUACGCUCAAUUCACUGUGAUGUAAAUAUGAUAAAGGCGAUAGGAUUCAUUCUUGAAACCUUGGAAGAUAAUCUUGAUUUAGAUCUUUGGAAUUUAUGUGCAGAAGCGGAAGCAUUUUUCGAGAUUCUAGAACUUUUGAACUCAAUUGGAAGUAAAAUUGGUGCAGUGGCAGAGAAAAUUGAUGAUAUGCGGAAUAUUGUUCUCUCUUCUGUACGAUUUUCUGAUCCGUCAAAAAGAGUCGAUCGCUUGAUCAAAGAUUACAAAAAUUACAAAGAUCAUUUUGAAACAGGAUUGAAGAUUCAACAAAUAUUGGAUGAAGUAUAUGAUUCAUUGAUGAACAGGGUUAAAAGGCUGAUGAGAUUGCGCUCAAUUCACUACGAUGUAAAGAUGAUAAAGGCGAUAGGAUUCUUUUCUCAAUUGUUUGGUUACACAUAA